AUGGCAACGGCAGAGCCAACCACUACGGCAGAACUGUCAGAACUAAAACAACAGCGAGCCUCGACGAAAGCGAGUAUUUCAAGAAUCAAGGCGUUCGUCAAAGGAAAGAGUAAUUCGCUCUCACAACCAGAACUGAAAUGUCGACUAGGUAUUUUAGAAUCAUAUUUUAAACAAAUCUUAGCUUUUCAGACGUUGAUCGAGAAAUUAGAUGCAACUGACUCAGCUAGAGAUGAAUUAGAAGACCUAUACGUUUCCACCAAAGUAUUAAUCAUGUCUCAACUGCAGGAAGAGGCCCACAAUGCAUCAGUGCUAGACGUAACAGCAAUGAUGCCCACCUCAAAUCGCGAAAUAUACCUCACAAAUAUUGAAAAAUUUAAUCACUUGCUGAACUGCCUUACUGGUCAAGCUCUAGAGACAGUACAGGCAUUUCCUAUUUCGAAUGAAAACUAUCCAAAGGCUCUGGAUAGGCUUAAAUCGCGCUAUGACAAUAAUAGCCUAAUCUUCGCCGAAAAUAUCGCGACACUAUUUGAUCUACCAGCAGUAUCGGGUCAGUCAAGCCAACAACUCCGUAGUCUGGUAAACAAUGCAUCCGCUUUGUAUGGUUCACUCUGUUCGCUAGGUACAGAGAAACAAAUAUGUGAGGCUCUACUUAUCUCGUUAAUCAUGCAAAAAACGGACGCAAUUACACGUAGGAAAUGGAAUGAAUCGCGUAACUUUGACACAUUACCCAGUUGGGAAGAUUGCUCAAAAUUGUUGGAUAGACAUUGCCAGUUUCUCGAAUCACUUGACAGUGGAAACGGCAAUCAGUCAUCAUCACAACGUAAACCUAAUAGUCUUAACUCCAAGACUAACAGACGCUCAAAACAAUACGCAUUUGUUGCAUCUACAUCUAGCAAUUCUUGCUCAUUUUGUUCUAGCAAUGAACACCUAAUACAGAAUUGUCAUCGUUUUAAGGCACUGGAGGUGGUUCAAAGGUUUGAAAAGGUGAAGAGCCUAAAACUCUGCAUAAACUGCUUAUCGCCACGCCAUCAUGUGGUUAAUUGUACAUCAACGUUUAAAUGUAAGGUUUGCGCAAAGCCACAUCACACUCUCUUGCAUCAUUCGCAAUUGCCAACGAAUAUUAAGAGCGCGGGAUCAUCACGACGCACAGAACACGCUGCUAUGCCCAACGACAACGUUGCCAGCCAUUCCCAUCUUAAUAUGUCAUCGGCCGAGCAAAUAAUUCUAGCCACUGCAUUGGUCACUUCUAACGGAGGUUUUUCAAGAGCUUAUUUAGCAAUAACGGUUGCUGUCCUUGGUAGUUCGUUGACCAACAUUAAGUAUCAGACGCUCACAUCAAUCAAAUCUCGUCAUUCAAAUUUUGAACUUGCUUUAAACUUUGGUAUUACGAAUCACAUCGCAUAUCAACCAAGUUCUGAAAUCGAUAUAUCGUCGUGGAAGGUUCCACCAAAUACACCUCUCGCCGAUGAGCAAUUCUUUAAAUCCAAGCGCGUUGAUCUUUUGCUUGGAGCUGAAAGAUGGAUUGUAUCUGGCAAGUACAAGGGUCAGCCAUUUGCAUCACCAGCAGCAAAAUGCCUAUUAUCAGUUGAAGAUACAGUCUCCGAUCAAUUAGAAAUGAUGUGGAAGAUAGAGGAAGUGCAAUCGGCUUCAAAGUCAUGGUCACCAGCACAUGUUGCGUGUGAGUCAUUAUAUCGUGAAACGGUUCACCAAAAUGCGAUGGGAAGAAUUGUCGUUCGGUUACCAUUCAAAGAUUCACCAGAUUGUCUUGGUUUGACACACAAUAUCGCCUUGCGCCGUUUUUAUUCUGUAGAACGGCGAUUGUCAUCUAAUCGUGCACUGAAGCAAGACUAUCAAGAAUUCAUGAAACAAUAUCGAGAGCUCGGACACAUGACGCGUGUUGAGACUCCGAAAACCAACGAACCUCAUUAUUAUAUCCCUCAUCAUUGUGUUUUAAAACCGUCGAGCACUUCGACCAAGCUGAGGGUGGUUUUUGAUGCGUCAUGUCCAACAACUUCGCAACGUUCAUUAAAUGAUAUUCUACUGGUCGGCCCGACAAUUCAGUCGGAGUUAUAUUUGUUGCUACUUCAAUUUCGUUUGCACCGAUAUGCCUUGACGGCUGACAUUGUUAAGAUGUACCGACAGAUACUGAUAGAUGAACCAGAUCGAAAAUUCCAAUAUAUUUUUUGGCGAGAUACGGAGUCCGAUCCUGUUAGUACUUACGAGUUGAAUACAGUCACUUAUGGUACUGCAUCAGCCUUUCCUAGCAACAGGAGUUUGUUGAGAGAUUCCAUUGGUCAACUCACCAAUAUCAGACAUCAGUUAACGGCCAUUCUACAGAAGGGUUGCUUCGAUCUUGACAAAUGGCAUUCAAACCAUCAUGACUUCAUCAGCGAUACUACAACAAAGAGUUUGAAUCUUGAUACAGAUACAGUCACCAGCGCUCUAGGCAUCAAGUGGCACCAAAUGCAAGAUGUUUUCCUAUUUUCGUUUAAUGCACAACCAGGUCAUAUUGUAACAAAACGCACCAUCUUAUCCCUUGCGUCUUCAUUAUUCGACCCGCUUGGAUUACUAGCACCGAUCAUACUCGUAGCCAAAAUUAUGAUGCAAGAAUUGUGGCUUUUGCGUGUGGAUUGGGACGAGUCAGUCCCUCAAAAUCUUCACUCAGCUUGGAAAACAUUUAUUCAAGAUCUUACAACGCUUUCAUCGGUUAAGGUGCCGAGGUACUGCCUAUCCAUAAACUAUCAACAGGUUGAUGUACACGGUUUCUGUGACGCUUCAAUACGCGCAUAUGGUUGCUGUAUAUUUCUCCGAUCACAAAACACAUCAGGUAAGGUAACGGUCAGGCUAUUCACUGCAAAAUCCCGUGUGGCACCUAUAAAGCGGAAGUCGCUACCUAAACUAGAACUCUGUGGUGCCUUACUUCUUGCCAAACUGUAUCAGAAGGUCCAACCAAUAUUUGCGCAAUUUAAGGGUGAAACGUUUUUUUGGACUGAUUCACAGAUUGUAUUACAUUGGUUGAAGCAGCACUCAUCAACCCUGUCUGCAUUCGUUGGCAAUCGAGUAGCGGAAAUUCAAGAUAUUACCGCAAAUGGGCAAUGGAGACACGUUCCUACCCAAUCCAACCCGGCAGAUGUUGUGUCGCGCGGCUGUAACAUCCGCCAAUUAUCAGAGUCUUGUUGGUUUACGGGGCCGGAAUUUUUGUUACUCGCUGAUAAAUACUGGCCGCAUUUGAAAUGUCACAACCUGGAUAUGGAAGAAGUCAAUAAAGAGACGCGAAAGGUUGUAUUCGUUAACACAAAUGAAGACAACUACGUAUUACAGGUAUUGUCAAGAUAUAGUUCAUACACUAAGAUGCUACGAGUAAUAGCGCAGGUACAGCGUUUUUAUCAUGUAACCAAGAAUAAAUUGAAGAACGGAGAAUGUACCCUCCAACCUAUUCAGCUACAAAAGGCAUUGCACUGUAUUAUUUGGGUCAUCCAACAGCAAUUCUUCGAAAUUGAUAUACAACGCCUACAACGAGGGAACCCAGCCAAAGGUACAUUAAAGCAUCUAAAUCCCUUCCUGGACAAUGUAUUCGGUUAUCAAUUACUAAAGGUGGGAGGUCGCCUCGAGCUGAGUGACAUCUCAGUAGGCCAACGUCACCCUAUUUUGUUGCCGAAGGGCUGUUAUUUUGUGGAACUUUAUGUUCGGCAUAUACACUUGUGCAACUAUCAUGCAGGCGCAAAAGCACUAAUUGCCCUUACUCGACUAAACUUCUGGAUAAUUAAUAUUCGAGAAAUUGCACGCCGAGUCGUGCACUCGUGUAUUCACUGCGUGCGUUAUAAACCCAAACUACUUAAUCAAAUGAUGGGUAAUCUCCCAAUCGAACGCCUCACUCCAAGUCGUCCUUUCGCGCGUACUGCGGUAGAUUUUUGCGGUCCGAUAUUAACGUAUCUCCGAAUUCGGGGACGGGUUCCAUAUAAGACCUAUAUAGCCGUGUUCGUUUGUUUGUCUACAAAGGCAGCUCAUCUAGAAGCCGUGUCAGACUUAUCUACGGAGGCAUUUAUUGCAGCACUGAAAAGGUUAAUCGGUAGACGAGGGUUACCAUCAGACAUCUAUUGCGACAACGCCACGAACUUCGUUGGGGCUAACAACAAACUAGCAGAGUUAAAAAGAAUGUUUUUCGAGAAGUCUAAUCAAGUGAUGCUGCAGACCUUUUGCAGCAACCAAUUCAUAAAUUUCAAUUUUAUACCGCCCCGAGCACCUCACUUUGGAGGUCUAUGGGAAGCGGCUGUAAAAAGCGCGAAAGGCCAUCUGUAUCGAACACUAUCAAAUACUCGAUUCACCUUUGAGGAGCUUGGAACAGCACUGAUUGAAAUCGAAGCUAUCUUAAAUUCGCGACCAAUCACACCUCAUUCUUGUGACCCGAGCGAUUAUGAAGCGCUAACGCCAGCACAUUUUCUUAUCGGUGGGCCGCUCAAAACUUUAUCUGAACCAAGUCCUCAGUAUGAAUCUGCUUCAUUAAUUGAUAAAUGGUCUCGUAUAACCGCAGUCAAACAUCACUUCUGGCGCAGAUGGUCUAGAGACUAUCUGAAUGAGCUGCAGAUACGCACCAAAUGGACAGAAGAACAAUCUAACAUCACCGAGGGGGCUCUGGUUUUAAUCCAUGAAGACAAUAUGCCUCCACAACGCUGGUUGAUGGGCCGAAUCGUGCAUUGCAUCAGGGGUCCAGAUAAUUUGGUUCGUGUUGUUGAUGUGCAAACCCCAAAAGGAGUAAUACGCCGUCCAAUCCACAAACUCGCACUAUUACCAAUUGAAAAUCCUUUCAAGGGGGGCGGGAUUAAUUUAACAAGUUAUCUUCUGUUUGUUGAUCAUACCGUUGGAGAUCAUACACACAUAUUCGAUAAUAUAGAUCAUAUAAUUAGUGGUAUCUAUGGUCAUGCAUUUGAUAAUAUAUUUUCAGCAAAAAAUUUUAUAAUAUUGAAAUCUGAAGAUUCCAUAUUACUAAAUGACGAUAUAUUUGACGUAUCUCAGGGGGAGAAAACCUGA